CUCUGCGCACGCUCAGAGGCCCGCCGCAGCCCGCCUGCAAGCGCGAAGGAAGGCCAGGGAAGCGUGCAAAGCGCCGGGCUCAGCGUCCAGGCGGCUCCCUUUAGCUGCCCGUGCUCUUUGCGUGUAUGGAAAGUACAGCGAGCCAGCCAGCCAGCCAAGGCGGGAGGAAGGGAGGCGGCGGGGCGGGCCCGGCCCGGGGCGGGGCGUCGGGCAAUGAAUGAGGCCCUGGGACGCUGGCAGGGGCUGAAAUUGGCCGUAGGGGCGAUGAAGCUGGAGGUGACCGUCCCCUCGGUGGGGCUGCGGGCCGCUGACCUGGACAGGAGCCCGGACAAGGCGCACACGGUGUUCAAGGUGGAUGUCUUCUGCAACGGGCGGAAGCACACCCUGGAGAAGCGCUACAGCGAAUUCCACACCCUUCACAAGCGGAUCAAGAAGAGAUGCAAAGUCCCCGACUUCCCGCCCAAGCGGGUGCCCAACUGGAUGGCCAAGGUGAUGGAGCAGAGGCGCCAGGGCCUGGAGGCCUACCUCCAGGGGGUCUUGUUGUACAACAGAGAGCUGCCCAGAGAACUGCUGGACUUCCUGAAACUCUGGCACUUCCAACAGAACUCCCAGAGCAGCUCUUUGGGAGACCUGGCUUUGCAGGAUCUCAGUCCCAGUUUCCUGCUUUCCCAUCGGCCGGUUAUCAGCUACCGCAGGGAUCCUUAUAUGCUCCCCUCUUCCAAAGAUGUGCUUCCUGAUGUGAUUCUGACUGGAGUGCUGCACGCCCUGUACGUUCCUGAGACGGGUUUCAGGCUGGAUGCCAAGUUCUUAGCGAGACCCAGCCUGGAGCCGCCCAGGGUUCUGCUGUCGCCUUGACGUCCCUUCCGCUCCUUUGGGACCAUUCUAGGAAAGUGACGAGCUGGACACAGCUGAUGCCCUUGGAGGGGAGACACGUCUUGGGCACCUGCCCCUCGGCUUUAAAAGAGAAGUGUGUGUGUGUGCGCACGUGUGGCUCUGGCGCUAUAUACAAGCCGCUUUGUGUGUAGUGCAGAGACAAAGACAGAAAACGGAGCUUGUUUUCGGAGAGGAGAGGGCACAGUGCCACAAACACAUGGUGGGGUUGGCUCACGCCGUCCUUGUCUUAAAGGACACCCUGGGUUUCACAGCUGACAGCUACUUUGGGCUGCAUGGGAUUAAAACCUGGCCUGCUGUAUUGCCCUAGAAAGGGGCUAGAGAUAAGGGGAGACACCUUGUCACAAGCUGGGUGGCCUGCAGUGACCCCCUAGCUGACUGAGACACACUACUUGCUGAAGUGCAAUUCUGACCGUCCUUGUGUGCACAGCCUGUUUUCUACCAUGCGCCACCUGCUCAAAGUCAUCACAGAAGGCUGAAAGUGAUGUGCAUUAGUUAGAACCUUUUAACUAUAUCAUGGGGGCCUGCCAGAAAGCUGCAGACUUUUCUAGGGGAAGGUGCACAGGUGAGCAUCUCUUCCAGACGAACACCUUUAAGGCUCUUUGUCACGUGAAUCGCUGCAGCCAGCAGCAUUCCUGCACAGUGCACUGGAGGAUGUCUUUAAUCGAAAGGGCUGUGCAAUAAAAGUAGUUGAACUGGAAA